AUGUGUGUAUGGGCUUGCAUAACAUAGUGUUGUGUAUAGACUCCCUAACCUACAUGUAACUCUUUCUAUAUAUAUGUAGCGGUAACUCUAAAGGUUUGAUCACAUUUAUCACCCACCAUCUCUAUCUUGAAAAGGAGAAAAAAUUAAACACUAACCGAAAGAGAAGAUUUGAUUGAUCGAAGUUAUACAAACAAGCUUUGAUUGAGAUUAGUAUAAAAGAAAGGAGAAGAGUUUAGAAGUAUGGAUACGGAGAGGAGAUCAAGAAGUUCAUCAGAAAUAUCCAUAACUGAACAUCAGAAAGACAGAAGGUUAACAGUCGCUUGUCUUCCUCCUUCAUACGGACAACUUAUCACCAUUCUCAGCAUCGAUGGCGGUGGCAUCCGUGGGAUCAUUCCCGGCACAAUCUUGGCUUACCUCGAAUCACAACUUCAGGAAUUGGAUGGUGAAGAGGCAAGGCUUGUGGAUUAUUUCGAUGUCAUAUCGGGUACAAGCACUGGAGGUUUGAUAGUGGGGAUGUUGGCAGCACAAGGCGAAGGCCAAAGCGGUGGCGAUAGUCGCAACCGCAACCGCCCUUUGUUUGAGGCCAAAGAAAUAGUCCCUUUUUAUGUCAAACACUCUCCCAAAAUCUUCCCACAGCCACGAGGAAUCUUUGGCUGGGUUGAAACCUUGAGGAGACUUGUACGAGGACCUAAGUUCAACGGGAAAUACCUUCAUAACUUAAUUGAAGGUUUCUUGGGCGACACGAAGCUGACUCAAUCUUUGACAAACGUUGUCAUACCUUGCUUCGACAUCAAGAAACUCCAACCAGUUAUCUUCUCGUCAUACCAGGCGGUGACUGAACGAGCUAUGGACGCGAAACUAUCAGACAUAUGUAUAAGCACAUCGGCGGCACCAACAUAUUUUCCAGCGCAUCGAUUCACCAACGAAGACAAUGAAGGACACAAACAUGAAUAUAACCUCAUUGAUGGUGGUAUCGCCGCCAAUAACCCGACGUUAUGUGCGAUUGCGGAAGUGACAAAGCAGAUAAUGAAGAAGAAUCCAGCAAUGGGAGACAUAAGCCCAUUGGAUUUCACGAGGUUUCUGGUGAUAUCGAUUGGGACAGGUUCGAUUAGGAACCAAGAUAAGUACAAUGCGAAGAUGGCAUCGAAAUGGGGUUUACUGUGUUGGAUCUUUGAAAAUGGUUCAACUCCAAUUCUUGAUUGUUACAGCGAAGCCAUUCACGACAUGGUUGAUUACCAAAGCUCUGUCGUCUUUCAAGCUCUUCGUUCCGAGAAGAAUUAUUUACGUAUCGAUGACGAUACGUUGUUGAAGGGUGACUUAGGCUCAGUGGACAUAUCGACAGAAAAGAAUAUGGAAGGUCUAGUUGAAGUUGGUGAAGCUUUAUUAAAGAAAAGAGUCUCUCGUGUUAAUCUCGAAACUGGCCAUUAUCAACCCAUCUCUGAAAACGUAACUAAUGAAGAAGCUCUCAAAAGGUUUGCAAAAGUUCUGUCAGAAGAAAGGAAACUCAGAGAAUCAAGAUCUCCUAAACUCAAUAUCUAAUUUUUUUUUUUGCUUGUCCUAAAAAUAAUGUCAAAACUUGUUUGUAUCUGUUUGUGUGGUAACUACAUAUUCAGUUUGCUUGUGAGCAAUAUUCGAAUAAGAAUAUGAUUCUUACAUACCUUUUGGCUUUGGGGUUCAUUCUAAUAAGAUCAAUUUGAGACAAA